GGCGUUUGGAAAAACUUUCGUCUGCGGCUUCACCACAAAGCCUGAACUCGACGGUUGACAACUUGACCUCACCAUUGCGACAAUUCGUACACCAACUCGCUGACAGCAAGCUCAGAUUGAUAACCCACUUCAGCGUCCGGUAGUCCGUGAUAUCUCUGUAUCGUUUCGCAAGGAGUCGGCAGUGAACGCAGAAACCUUCCUUCAAGCACCGGAAAGACUGCAGAAAAGGCCCCGACCGGCAAUUUCCUUGACCCAUUCCUACUUAUCGACAGCCCCAGCAAGUCGUCAGCCGAUAGUCAGUAUCGAUGCUGCCCGGCGAGGCACCGGCGGGUCCACCGUCGCCAAACAACAGUGAGCAGGCACUGACAGCUCCGUCACUACUCCCAAGGCCAAAGCGAACCAGCAUUCGUUCCGUUUCCUCAAGUUCCCCAGGUUCUCCCAACCUGACAGAAGAGCAUUUGCGGUACGCCGCCCCCGCUGCAGAAGCGAAAGCAAUGUUGCCAGCACAGUCCCCACAAGGCCCCGACGACGCCAAACUGCAACAUGACCUCUGGCAAGCCGCCCUUGCCGCCAAGGCAUAUCAAGCUGAGCUCGACGCCUUGCGGGCAGUCCUGCGUACCCGAGACGCAUCUAUUGAGCAAUUAAACAAGGAGCUCUCAGAAUUCAAAACUUUGAAUAGUGGAGCUGAGGACUAUAUCGCUGGUUUAGAAGCGCAAUUUGAGCGACAGGGCCACAUAACCGAGACGUUGGACCGCUUAGAGAAGGAGCUGGGCGACCCGACGAGCGAGGGAGCUGCUGCCGAAAGCGGCGCCGACGGGGAAAAGACCAAACCGACGCUGACGAUUGAUACCGCCCAUCUCAACGAACCACCAGUGUCCGUCUCUCGCCGUUGGAGUCGAAUGCUUGAAGAGGAGCUCAAAACGGCUGAGCUGCAGUCGCCUGAGGAGGAGGUUGCUGACGAGAACGACGUCGCGCAGAGACUGCCCGACUUUCUGCAACGGAGCAAGGACGGGCGGACGGUCGUGGAGGCAAAGGAACAGGAGAUGGUGGAGUUGAAGGAGCUUUUGGCGGCUGAGAUGGAAAGGAGAAAGCGAUCUCAGGCUGCUUUGAAGCAGGCGCAUGAUGAGCUGGAGAAGGUUGAGAAGGAAGUCGAAGCGCUGCAUCAUGGGUUUAUCGAUGCCCAUUCGAAUCAUCGGGAGUGGAAGGGGCUACAUGACGGUGCGGCCGACCAGAUUCAACGGUUGACUGAGGAAAUCUCAUUGAAAGAGCAAAGCUUAAAGGACUUGAACGCCAGGCUAACCCAUGCAGACCUUGCUCUCACCGAGAAAGACCGUCUCAUUGACAACCUGAAGGCUACCCAUACGUCGGAGCUUGCCGAGCGGACAAAGAAAGCCGAAGAAUUGCAGGACGCUGUACUACAGAAGGACGCCGAGAUCAGCAGCUUGCGCCAGCAAGUUCAACACCACGUCUCCUCGCUUUCGGCAAUUGAAGGGCGAGCUUUGGCUGCUGAGCAAGACCGCGAUCAACACAAGACCGAAGUGGCCUCCACCCGCACGGCUCUGGAGCUUCUGUUCGGUGCCAACAUUGAAGAUAUGGCCUCUGCGGAUGUUUUAAGGAGGAUUGGUGAUCGCCAUGCGGCAGAUCAGUCGUUCGCAAAAGAUGUCGAGGCGAAUAAACUGGCAUUGGAGACUGAGAACCUCACUUUAACCAAACGAUGCAUGAAAAUGGAGGCCGACGUCAACUCUUUGAAGGCCGAACUGGCGGGGGCUCAGAAAAGCCUGGAGGAGGCGAUUGCGGAGCGCGACCGUUCCCACGCCAUGGCCGCUGAGCACGAGGAACGGGUGAGAGCGCUAGACACCGCGCAUCAAGACCGUAUAACCAGCGCCGAGGCAGCACUCCAACGAGCUGUAGAGGCCGAGGCACUCUUCGCGGCCGCUCGCUCGACGCACAAGGCAGAAAUUGAAACCCUCAUGCUCAAACUCAGCGAAAACGAGCGCGAAUUGUCAGACCACUCUUCCCGCGCAGCAGACCAAGUCGCUGACCUCGAAAGGAAGUUCCAAGCCGAACUCAACGCAGCGAUCGCACAAGGGCACGACGCGAAAUCGAGCGCGGAAGAAGCGGAAGUGAAGCAGCGCGAAGAGCUGAAACGCGCCCUGGCCUUGAUCGAGCAGCUGGAAGGUGACAUUGCUGAACUGCACGCCAAGUCCGAGCGGGAUGUCGAAGACGCCGCGAAUAAAUACAAGACGGACCUCGACGCCGCCCGGCUUCGUUUAACGGAAAUUCAGGACCUGGCUUCCGCCCAAGAGGCCGUGCUGCAGGACCGUAUCGCUGCAUUGGAGACGAGUCUUGCGGCAUCAAACAAGGACAUCCAAGCACUUACAGCUGAACGUGCGGCAUUGCAGAAUACACUCCGUGAAAAGGACGUGGAGCUCUCGCACUGGAAGGGCAAACACGAUGAAGCGCAAAUCAUCCACCGCGAGCUGACCGCCCGCGUUAUAGUUGCUGACCAGGUCCCGCAUCUGGAGGCUGACAAUGCUUACCUCAAAGCAAGAGUCAUCGAGCUUGAAAAUGCCACUGCGGACGGGGAGGAGGCUGCCAAGGUGCUUGCCGAUGUCCGUCACCAGCUGGAACUCAAGGAGGGUGAACUCGACGCCUUGCGUGAAGAACUGCUUCUUGUGAAGGCAGCUGGGGAGGAGCACCAAUCAACAAAGCAGCGAUUAGGAGAGCUGGAUCAAGAAUUCCGGGAACGUGAUCAUCACGCAACGGCGUUGAUGGGGCGUUUGAGCGAAAGUGAGGCGCAUCAUCAAUCGGCUUUGGAGAAGUUGCAGGAGGCUGAGGCGCAGAAGGCGGCUGUGGAGGCGCACCUGGCGGAAAUGAAGGCGGUCCUUUUGCAGACGGCGACCGAUCUGCAGGCGCGUAACGCUCAGGUUGAGGGGUUGAAAGCUGAGCAGGAAGUUUUGGUUGCUGAGCUUGCGGAGUUGCAGCGAUUGCAUGGAGAAUGCGGAGUUGAUUUGGAAACGCACAGGGCGGAGGUCGCUAUCCUGAGGGACAAGCAGGAAGCCGCUGAUCAGGCCGUCGCUGAGCUCGCAGAACUACGAAGCAAGUACGCCGACCGGGGAGCUGAGUUGGAGGCGCAUAAAGCUGCGAUCUUAGCUGUGAAGGCUGAGCUUGCAGAGACCGAGCGGAGGCUCGAGGAUCAGACAUCCGAAGUUGAUUUGCACAAGUCCCGCGCGGUGGAACUCGAGAAGAAGCAGAAGGACGCGGACCUAGCCAUCGAUGAGCUAGCAGAACUACGGAGCAAGUACGACGACCGCGAAGCUGAUGUGGAGGCGCAUAAAGCUGCGAUCUUUGCUUUGAAGGCUGAGCUUGCAGAGACCGAGCGGAGACUUGAGGAUCAGGCAUACGAAAUUGAUUUGCACAAGACCCGAGCGAUCGAUCUCGGGAAGAAGCAGAACGAUGUGGAUGGGAUUCUGGCCGAGCUUGCACAGUUGAGGGAAGCGCAUGAACAACGGGCAGCUGAGUUGGACGCACACAAGACUGAACUCGUCGAGUUGAGGGCAAAACAAGAAGCUGCCGACCGCGCCGUCACUGAACUUGCCGAGCUUAAGAUCAUCCACGAACAGCAGAGGUCCGAGCUUGAGUUGCACAAAUCCCGGGCAGUUGGUUUGAAUCAACAACACAGCGAGGCGGCAGGGCUUCUCGCGGAGUUGGGAGCUUUGCGAGAAUCGCAUGAACAACGCGGAGCGGAACAGGACGCACACAAGGCUGAGCUUGUUGCUUUGAGAGCGAAGCAGGAAGCUGAGCUCGCAGAGCUGCAAAACAAACUCGGGGAACAGGGAUCUGACCUUGACUUGCAUAAGUCUAGAGCGACGGACUUGGAGCAAAAGCUGAGAGGCACUGAAUUGAUCCUCGCGGAACUUGCCGAACUGCGCGAAGCACAUCGACGACGCGGAGAAGAGCUGGACGCGCAUAAGUCCGAGAUUGCCGGCCUCAAGACGGAAGUCGAAGCUGCCAAGGGAUCUGCCCUCCAGCAGAAGACGGAAAGGGUCCCGUCGAUCGAUGAGGGUGGUCUGAUCGAGAUGUAUAGAGCCCAAAUUGCGGAGGUGGUUUCCGAGCGCAACACGAUGCAGAUCGAGAUUGAGGACUUGAAGAAGACGAUCGAGGCAAUGCCCACUGCAGAGGCUGUUGACGAAUUGAAGAAAACCAUUGAGACACUGCCUAAGCCUGAGGCUGUUCAAGAGCUGAAGGAGAAUCUGGCGAAGGAAGUAGCCAAUAAGGAAGAGGUGGAGGCUGUCGUGAAGCAACUCAACGAAACAAUCGCAGAGCUCCGCAAAACCGAAGAAGAAUUGCGGACGUCAUUGCAAGCCGCUACUGCUGCCGCCGCUGCCGCGCAGCGGCCAGCAGUGCAAGCACGCAGCAGAAGCACGUUGACAAGGACUCCUCCGCGUCGCCGCGAUUCUCUGGGCACGAUUCCAGAAGCAAUGCGUCCAGAACAACAGCUGAACGGCAUGCAUCAAGGAGACAGCCAAUCCGUACUUGACCUCGUCAAAAGCUCUACCCGCAACGUCGGCACGGGCGAGACUGCCAUCCCCUCCGAAGGCGAACGUCAGGAACUGUUGCGCUUGAUAGAGAUCCUUUCCGUGCACAUCACCGCUGCGGAUCAGCAAUUGGAGGAACAGAAUGCGCAUGUCGCUCACUUGCAAGCGGAACUGAAUCAGCACCGAGCGGAAGGGCAGGGAGACAACGCAGGGACAAAUCGCAACUCCCGCGUCAACAUGCUCGAAAGCCGGGUCGAAAAGCAACUGGAUGAGAUUGCGCAGAUGGAAUACGAGGUCGUUAAAGCUAGAAGCCAAUGCAACGCAGCCGAGUCUCGCGUGAUGGAACUGGAAAAGACAGUGGCAGAUUUUAAGAGGCGUGUGCAGGAACUCAAGGCGUCGAAACGGCUGCGGAACCGAAAGUCCGGACCCAUCACGCUGACGUCGAAGGAGAUGUCGGAUUUCAUGCCAACGUUGAUGUACGAGGAUCUGAUGCACAGCCAAAAUAAGCAGCCGAAACCACUACCCAGACCACCCUCGAGCGUGACGCAGUCAGAGCUUGGAAAGAAGGGAAGCACGGAAUCUGUGCGGCAGCCUCCUCUGCCCGCUGCCCCGUCAAGCGUGUACAGAAUACCGGCGAACAGCCCGCCGAACGGGGAACUGCAGCCGUUCUCUUCCACCUUGGCCAUCCCGCACGUUAAUGUCUCGGAUUCGAAUCUGUCGAAUAUUUCGCGGCAUCAGAGCGUGGACAAUCUGCAAAGCCGCGAUCAGUCAUAUGGGGCUCGCACUGGUGCAUUGCUGCCUCCAGCGGACAAUCUGCACCCCAACGGCGAGCCAAUAAGCCGCGUACCAAGCGACGACGGUCGGUCGGGACGAAGCCGCUUCACCCGGUCUCUUUUCCGGUCGAGAUCCAAAGUCGGGCGGUCUGUAUCGCGGGAUCCGAAUGGAGUGGAACCUGCCAGAUCGACCGCUGGCGCGGAACCUGUGCGAGAGGCUGCUCCAGCUGCGCCGACCCAGCAGUACCGACCAGAAUCGGCGGGCAACGGCAACGGGCUCAUGUGGCAUCACAAAAAUACCAGCGCACAGACGUUGUCGUCCCCGUCGACCGCUAGUCUCGCCGCAUCGUCAACGCAUACUCUAUCGGAGCAUAGACGACAGAGUCACUAUGAUUCCCGACCUCCUGUGACGAUGAUGCCUGAAAAGGUGAAUAAGAAGAAGAAAUCGGGAUUACUCUGGUGGACUCGGAAGCCUACGUGCAAGGUUGAGUUUCACGAUAGCAGAUACUGAUUCAAUCAAAAUUUGGAUAUAACAAAAAGAUUCACAAAACAUCGUAAUCUAAACUUGGGUAACUUCGGAAGAGGCCAG